AUGGCCACCACGGAAGAUAUCCGCAUCGAACCCAUCACCAAUCCAGCUGAUUUUGAAGGCUGUUUCAGAGCCCAAGCCAACGCCUUUGGCCAGCAAGUCAACGAUGCAGUCUGGAUCGCCUUCAACCCAGGCUGGGACACACCCGAAGGCGAAAAAGCUUGCGUUCAGCGUCUAGUUGACCGGUUUAACUCUGUUACUCAAAACCGCGACGGGAAACCCAACAUUGUCUAUAUCAAAGCCACCGUAAACGGCACCAUCGCUGGAAUGGCAAUCUGGCAUCAGUUCUCUGUUGUGGAAGGCUGGGGCGAUGAACCUGGUGAUAUCACAAAAGGUUCCUUUUUGGAGGAUUUGUAUCCUGGGAAUAAAACUGAGCAAAGGUUUCUUGCGCAGGCGGAUAAAUCGCUGUUUGGGCGUCGGGGCGAGAUCAUCAGGGAGAAAGCUACCGCUUCGCCCCCAGCGGUCUUUGUUAUGGAUGUUUGCGCCGUGGAUCCCAAAUUUCAGAGAAGAGGUCUUGCGACGAAGUUGGUCCAGUGGGGACUUGAUGAGGCUGUGAAGAGAGGAAAUCUUGAGUGCGUCACUGAGGGAUCUAGUAUGGGACGUUUGGUGUACUUGCAGCAAGGGUUCAAACCAGAUGGUGAAGAGACGGUUUAUGAGAUGGAUGAGGAAUUCAAGGAUAGGGAGAUGCCUUCGAACCUUGUUCUAAGGACUGGUGGACAAUAG